GCGGUCGCUAAAACUCACCGUUCGUCCUUUUGCGCGAGCGUGUGCGUGCGAGUAUCUGUGUGUGCGUCGGUGUGCAGGAUUUAAUACCUAAAACAAACAGUUGAUUUGACCUCCAGCCGAUUAGUAAAAUACACAAAGUUACCGGAAUAAUAAACACGCUUUGAAGCGAACGCCCCAGAAGAUUGAAAAAAGAGAAGCAUAAGACACCUUUGAAAAUUCGAAUUUCCCCGGAGAAACUCCCUCUCAAUAUUAACUCAAGCUCAAGACAUCAAAAAGGGAUAUUAAUUGCUGUGCGUAAACAUUCGGAGCUUGGAUCCUGGCAAAUAAGGCGUGCGGAAAAGCCCCACUCAUUGAGUCCGCGUGGCAUGCAACCGUGUAGUCCAGCGGGAGAAGUCGCCAUGAUGCCGCCGUCGAAGAGUCCCGUGAUGGAGAGCGCCGCCUCCGACCAGAAUCCCGCCCAGCAGAGCAGUCAGCAGGACGAGCAGAGUGCCAAGCGGGCGUGCCCCUUGAAGUUUUCGAUAGCCAAGAUCAUGGAGCCGGAUCACCGACCCAGUCAGGUGUCGCAACCACCUCCAAUCCCCUACCCCAGUAACGAUGACGACGAGGAUGAGGAUCCCGAAAUCGAUGCGGAUUCGGAGCGCUCUUGCAGCCCCAUUGAAGUGAUCAGCUUGGAUCAUUCGCCCACCACGACGGUGAACUAUGAUUCCGCUUUCAAGAAGUAUGUGCCGGGUGCCUGCUCGGGCGCCAGUUCAUCGGUGGCCUCGCCACCGAGCACCGCUGCAGUGCAGCAAUUUGUGAGCUCCCGCCACCAGGAGCUGCUCUCCCAGUACCCGCUGCUGUACUAUGCACCCAACCAGCUGAUGUGCGCCGCAGCCGCCGCCCAAUACGCGGCCUUGACCGCCCAGCAACAGUCGCUGGCCAGUGCCGCCCACCUGAGCAGCUUCACCGCCUCCCUGAAUGCCAGUCUGCAUCACUCGCAGUCGCUGCGCAGGAACCUUGGCCAUCCCCUGGCCGCCGCAGCUGCUGCGGCUGCAGUGGCUCAAUCAGCGGUGCCCAAUCUUCAACAGACUCUGGAGAAGUCACCGGUGGCCCAGAGGACUGCCCAAGGUUCGGGAUUGCAGGGCAACCUGAAGAGAAAGCGAUCGCCGCAGGAGCAGGGAUCUGGUGAGGUGACACCACCGCCGCCGGCAUCGACUGCCACAUCGUCGGCUGGUGGAGCACGAUCGCGGUCUCCCUCGCCCCAGGGGUCCAUCGAGGACAGCAGUCCCGGAUCGGCGAGUGGCGGCAAGCCCAAGACCUUCUCCUGCCUGGAAUGCGGCAAGGUGUUCAAUGCCCACUACAAUCUCACCCGCCACAUGCCCGUUCACACGGGAGCCCGGCCGUUUGUGUGCAAGGUGUGCGGCAAGGGAUUCCGCCAGGCCUCCACUCUGUGCCGGCACAAGAUCAUCCAUACGUCGGAGAAGCCGCACAAGUGCCAGACCUGCGGCAAGGCCUUCAAUCGCUCCUCCACGCUCAACACCCACUCGCGCAUCCAUGCCGGCUACAAGCCCUUCGUCUGCGAGUACUGCGGCAAGGGAUUCCACCAGAAGGGCAACUACAAGAACCACAAGCUGACGCACAGCGGCGAGAAGGCCUACAAGUGCAGCAUCUGCAACAAGGCCUUCCAUCAGGUGUACAACCUCACCUUCCACAUGCACACCCAUAACGACAAGAAACCGUAUACUUGCCGCGUGUGUGCCAAGGGAUUCUGCCGGAACUUUGAUCUCAAGAAGCACAUGCGCAAGCUGCACGAGAUUGGCGGCGAUCUGGAUGAUCUGGACAUGCCAUCGAGCUAUGACAGGAGGAGGGAGUACACCCGCCGCGAGCCCCUCUCCUCGGGCUAUGGCCAGGCCUCGGGGCAACUGACGCCGGACUCCAGUUCUGGCAGUAUGUCGCCCCCCAUCAAUGUGACCACUCCGCCACUCUCCAGCGGGGAGACAAGCAAUCCCGCCUGGCCCAGGUCCUCCGCCUCCCAGUACCCGGCGGGUGGUUUCCACCACCAGUUGGGCGUGGCGCCACCACAUGAUUAUCCCAGUGGCUCCGCCUUCCUGCACCUCCAGCCCCAGCAGCCGCAUCAGCCAAAUCCGCAUCAUCAUCACCAGCAGCAGCAGCAGCAGCAGCAGCAACAGCAGCAGCAGAGGCUCUCGGAGACCUUCAUAGCCAAGGUGUUUUGACAGCGAUACUACGCGGACAGCUUGAACAGCUCCACGGGCUCGACCUCGAUGACCAGCUCCACGGUGACCACCACCACCACGACCAUAUCCUCCAUGGCCACCACGAGGAGUGAUCUGCUGAUCGACUGACUGCAGUUUGUGGCAGCGGCAGCCGCUGCUAGCAACUCGAGCUCCGGGCAGGAUCCCGGCGAGUCUCCAUCCCCGGAACUGGGAUGUACAGCCCUGGGCAGUGCGGUCCGGGCUUUGAAUGGGCUGCUGUAAGGCAGCCGAAGGACUCUGAACCCACCUCUAUCCACCCCGAAGAAUCUCAACCUCAACCGCCAACCAAAUGGUUUCAACUUGUGCAAUACCCUCCCACUCAGAAGAUGAUGAUGAACCGCUCAACGCAUUUCUCCAACCCACAAAUUGUACAUAGUGUAUGCCUAAGAAGUCCCUUUUACGCAAAUCUCUCGAUGUAUAGCUGUAGUAAAAGGAUUUAACUAGUUAGUCACGAAUGUGUAGGGCUCUGAGUUCUGUGUAGAUCGGCUACACAGUUCCUCUAGAGCACGUUUCGGCGUAGGCUACGAUGUUUUUGGCUUUGUGUUAGAGCUUUUCUGGGGUCUGUCAACCGAAAUACGUAAAUGUAUCUUAGAGUUGUACUAGAUAUCUGUACUGUACGUCUGUAUGUAUCCCUAAGUGUCUGUGUAAUCCAACGCAAAAGUAACGACAUUGAGUAACAUUUUAACAAUGACCGAUGAAUGCAUUGAAUUUGUUUAGGACUUAAGUGAUAUUAUUGAUAAUGU